UACAAUAUGUUGCAACUGAAAAGCACCAAAGCAGCACAAUUUUCCUCCAGAAAGAAACUUGAAAGGACAAACUUUCAAAUCCCUCAAUUUCCAACAAAACAUGGCCAAGAAAGUCGAGGUUGUCUCCACAGUGACCAUCAAGCCUUCACCUCCAACUCCAUCUCACCUCAGGAACUUCAAGCUCUGUCUCUUGGACCAGCUGGCUCCUCCGUUUUACGUUCCGGUCAUCCUGUUCUACUCCUCUCCCGAUGACAAGGUGGUGCCGAACACUGACUCGGUCGCAGGACACUUGAAAACUACGCUCUCUCAGGCGCUUUCCCUCUUCUACCCUCUAGGCGGAAGGGUGAAAGGCAACGCUGCCAUCGAUUGCAAUGAUGAGGGGGCGCUCUAUUUGGAGGCGAAAGCUCACUUCGAGUUGUCUGAAGUCCUGUCAAACCCAGACAUCAAUCAACUGCAGCAAUUCCUCCCGUUCUCUCCUUACAGAGUCGCUCCCAACAUAGAGAAACAGGUCAUUGUAGGGAUCCAAGCCAACUUCUUCGACUGUGGUGGCAUCGGAAUCGGCAUCUGCAUCUCUCACAAGAUCGCCGAUGGCGUGUCGGUCUCUGCUUUCCUCACCGCAUGGUCGGAAAUUGCCCUCAACGGCAUUGAUGUCGAAGCCAGCCUCAUCACUCCCUUCUUGAAAGCAUCUGAGCUCUUCCAACCAAAGGACAUAAACUUCCAAAUGCCAUCUGGGGUCAUCAGCAGUGAGAAGCUUUCAACCAAGAUGUUUCGAUUUGACAGCGAGAGCUUGGCCCGCCUCAGGGCCAGGUUCGGUAGUGCCUCUCCUACUUGCGUUGAGGCUGUGACUGCCCUCAUAUGGAAAUCUGCAUUGGAGACCGCGAGGAAGAGGCCGGAGAGGAACGAGAACUAUGCCCCAUCAUCUGCAGUCACACAUGUGGUGAACAUCCGAAGCCGGAUGAGGCCACAACCAUUGCCUGAGAAUACCUUGGGCAAUCUGUGGCAGUCCAUUGUGGCACCACUCAUGGAACCAAACAAGGGAUAUGAAUUGCAGGACUUUGCAGGCGUUCUCAGGAAAUCAAUAAGGGCAGUUGAUGCCGAAUAUCUGAGCGCGCUUCAAGGCGAGAUGGGAUUGGCCAAAGCCUGCGAGAGCCUCAUGGCUGCACGGAAGCUGGCAGCCGCAUCCGCCGGAGAGAUUGAACUCUACAGGUUCAGCAGCUGGGCAAGGUUCCCGUUCUACGAGUUGGAUUUCGGCUGGGGAAGGCCUGCUUGGGUGUGCACCACCAGUGUUCCGAUGAAAAACGUGGUGAUUUUGAUGGGAACGGGGUGUGGGGACGGGAUCGAAGCAUGGAUCACCCUGGCCGAGCAUGACAUGAUUGAGUUCGAGCGCGACGAUGAGUUGCUACAGUUCAUUGCAUCGAGCCCUUAA